AGUUGUACUUGUGUGUGAGUGAGUGUUUGUUGUCGGCUCUCUUUUUCGGUCCGUGGUUGGAAAUAAAGAGCGACAGUGACACGGAGGAGCAGCGGAGCCUCAGGCCGGGAGAUGGACAACAGUAAACGGACGGUGGUGGUCACAGGUUUCGGGCCUUUUGGAGAGCACACGGUCAACGCCAGCUGGGUCGCAGUGCAGGAACUGAAAAAGCUGGGACUGGGCAGCGAAGUGGACCUGCAGGUGUACGAGGUUCCUGUAGAGUACCAAACCGUCCAGAGUUUGGUUCCUUCAUUGUGGAAGCAGUAUCAUCCGCUGUUGGUUGUUCAUGUUGGAGUCUCCGGAAUGGCCACCACUGUCACCCUGGAGAAGUGUGGCCGAAAUAGUGGCUAUAAGGGUCUGGACAACAGCAGCUUCUGUCCUGACUCACAGUGCUGCAUUGUGGGAGGCCCAGACUGCAUCGACUCAGUUAUUGACAUGGAAUCAGUCUGUAAGAGAGUGACCGCCUCGGGGCUCGGAGUAGCUGUGACUGUCUCCAAAGACGCUGGGAGAUAUCUCUGUGACUUCACCUACUACACGUCUUUGUACCUGAGUCACGGCCGCUCUGCUUUCAUCCACGUGCCUCCUCUUGGAAAGCCUUACAGUGGUGAAGACCUGGGUCGUGCACUGAAGGCCAUCGUCCAGGAGAUUCUGGAGCUUCGUGACCAUGCUGGGGAGAAGCUCCACUGCCAGCAUCACUUCCACUAAGUGACCUCCGGAUGCCAACCAUCCUCUCUCCAGCAGUUGCCACACAAGAGACAUUGCACUUAACCACAAGUAGCCAAACGUCCUCCUUUUUAAAUUCUUUGUCUUUAUUUGGACAGAAUGAAAAAGUCAGCAUAUAGAACGUUUUCAGUUUCUACUUUCUCUUUGUUUUAGGUUUUUGCCUUUUUUUUUGCUAAGCCUGAUUAUUUGUUACAUUCAAAUGUCUCCCGAUGGUGAGAAGAUAAAAUGGGAGUUUGAAGACAACCCUUAGUCACACUGAAACAUAAGCCUUUCUGCCACUUCCAAGGAAUAUGAAACAUUUUGAAUUUGAAAAUGGGAAUUAGUGUAGAACCAUGAUGAAAACCUAGCAGCUAAGUGCUGCUUCUAUUUGUUCAUAUGCAGUUCAAGUAUUUCCAGUUGGUUUGUAAUGUGUCAAAUAUUGCAUUCUUUACCCCAAAAGCUAUAACUAUUAUUGCAUGUCCUAUCCUGGAUGUCUCUAAAUGGUAAAUGACCAUGAUAAAUUAUGCAGAGAUGUUCAGCAUUAAGCUGUAAUUCUAAUUUCAUUUCCUUUCAGAUACCUUUCCAGCUGCUCUAUAUCCUAACUGUGCUGUUUCACAUUUUAUGUUGAGUUGUUUCUUGAGUGCUUUUUCUUUAUAAGAAGUCGUAAGUUUGCCUUCUUUUACAAAGGUUAUUUUAAUCAGGGAACGGGUUGGUUCCAGCUCAUCUUCCCCCAGGUUUUUGGCCCAAUUCUGACCGGAAAAUACUAAACAGAUUCUCCUGCGAUCUGGCCCCAGGCUGUACAAUGUUAUUUUACAGAUCUCAGGUCUGUCAGUUUAGGAGAUUCGUGUUGUGGUUUUGCCAAAAUUCUGUUAGAGUUGCAAAAUCAUCUGAGAAAAUAUUGACCAUUGCAGUUAUUACGAUAACUUCAAUUUAACAGAAUAGUUCUUCUGAGUGAGGGGGGGGGGGGGGGGGGGGGUUCAAAUGUUACAAACACGCAAACCAAUUGGAUUGUGGCAAGGAACUGACAUCACAACACUGGAUUACUGGGUAGUAAAAUCUUUGUCUCUUGAUUUAGGGUAUCUGUGACCCAUCAGAGCCAUUUUAUUUCAAAUCUUACACUAUGUUUAAAACCAGUGAUUUGUCUUUUCAUCGUUUUUCAAAAAUUGUGCAAAUCACAUGAGUAUAAGCUAAUGAAAGCUCUCAGUUGCUCCCUGCAUUGAAUCACAUGUAGCUGAAGAUUUGAUUCGAUGUAGAGUUUGACUCUCACUUCAGUCAGAAUUGGGCCUGGACAUUUAUUUCUGUAGCACUUUUCUUUAUCCACUUUUUACCUAUUCUGGAGUUUGAACAGCAUUUUUCAAAGAAUUUGUAUGUUUUAUUUUAUUUUCAGUCACUUUAAUUCGAAAUAUGUAGCUUUCCAUAUAUUCACGCACAUCCAACUCAUUUUUAACCUCCCCUCCCAUUGAUUGUGUGGUAUGCUUUAUAGUUGACUUAUGCUUUACUUUCCUAAGCUUUGGUUUGUUCAACCUGCAGCAAAUUCUUUCGUCGUGUCUGUGAUGGUGCCAUACUCCAGGUGUCAAGUUUCUCUUUUUAAUAUUUGUCUGGUUCACUGUGUUCACAAGCAUUUUCCUGACGGCUGAGCGGUCACUGAGUUCGUCCCACAACACCAAACACAGCAUCCGUUUUAUAUCUUUCAGUAGUACAUUUAGCAUAGAGCGUUGUAUAUGCUGCUUCACCCCCCAGUGUAUCACCAACACUAUCUCCCUGUUUAAUACAAAGAUGUAGUGUGUAUAUAUAUAAAUAUAUAUAAACUGCCAUACCUAGUUUUGAGAAACUAGCAUCAUCAAACAUUGAACUGAACAGGAUUGAACUUCAUCUCAGACUUUGAGUUCUCAUCUCAGCCUUUGGCAUUUACCUCCUGUCUCGUUGAUGUGGUUUAAAACUCUCCUGGAAAUUGUGCAAAUUUUUUUAAUGAGUUUGCAGGUGCUAGUAUUUUACUGUGUGGCUUUACAAGUGCUGAGGUGUGAAAGAGUUGUGGAGGAGCUCCCCCUAAAAAAUGUGUCCUCUCUCAAAUGUGAAAGCCCUGAGUUUACGUACGAGGUGACAUCUGACCCUGACUCUUUUCCUGUGCCUUGCUGUUGUUCAUGUGUGUUAUGAGGCCUUAAAAAUGCUCAGCGGGUCAGUUCAAAGAUAUAUUACUGAUUCUGUCCAGUCAGAUGUGUGGCUACCUCAAGAAUACUUUUUAUCUCUGUGCGUGCUCUGUUGUAUAACAUAACGGCUCUGUGAAAUAUUGUGAGUUCCUGUGUUUAGGGAGUUUCCUCUGCCUCUGACAUUAACAUAGCACAAUAAGUCAUUCUGGCUUUGUAAAAGAAAAAGCUUUGAGAUGAAGAAUUAAAGGAUCAUAAAUAAUGUUUGUGUCCAAUACUUCAACUUUGUAUUUUUCCUCAAGUGGUUUUGAAAAACAGUUCAAUGUCUUGUCAAAUGUACAAACACACAGUUGUAUUAAAGGUGCCAAUCAAAGAUCAUAGAUAUGA